UAAGGGGAUUUAAUUUGUGAUUGUGGGUUGUGGAGGGAAUUUCAAGAGGGAGAUAUAAGAGGGACAUUUAGUCCCUACAUAUGUUUUUGUUUUGUUGCUGAUGUUGUUGUUGUUUCUUAGACAACCACAAGAAAAUUUUCUCAGCAAAGUUUACAUUUUUACAGCAUAAAGAAACAGGAAAGUUUUGACCUUUGCAAAUUUGGAAUAUCCAAGAAUCUUUUUUUCAUAAUUUGAUGCAAUGGAUGAACGCGUUAUUCCUUCGAAUCCGUUGUUGACAACCCCAUCUGAUUAUCUCAUGGAUUUGGAUUACAUGGAUGGACUAUUUUUAGAGGGAUGUUGGUUGGAGACUACUGAUGGUAAUGAAUUCUUGCAACAUAGUCCAGGCAUCUUCAAUGCACCAUUCGACUCUUCUUUUAUGUGGCCUACAACUAUAGAUGCCAACAAUGUAGAAUUUAAUGGAAUCUCAUCAAAGGAUGCCCAACAAGAAAAGCAAAGGCCAUCUUUAACUGAAAAUUUGUCGAUAAACCAUUGCCAAGAGAUAAAUUAUGCUAAAGUUCAGUCUUUUGGUGAGAAUAUGAACAAUGCCAUGUGCACUUCAAGUCUAUCUGAAAAUCAUUUAGUUGAAGCUCCUGAGUUGAACAAAAGGUGGUGGAUUGGACCCAAAGCUUCAUCGUCUGUAAUGGAUCGAUUGAUUUGGGCACUUGGGUACAUAAGAGAUUGCUCGAGGGAUAAGGGUAUCCUACUUCAACUAUGGGUACCGAUAAAUAGGGAUGGCAGGCGUGUGCUCAGCACAACUAAUCAACCUUUCUUACUAGACCUCAAUUGCCCUCAGCUUGCUAACUACCGUGAAGUCUCUGUAAAAUAUCAAUUUCCUGCAAAUGAAGAUUCCAAGGACAUUGUUGGAUUGCCAGGGCGAGUGUUUGCAGAUAAAGUUCCUGAGUGGACACCGGAUGUUAGAUUCUUCCGAAGUGAAGAGUAUCCGCGUGUUGAACAUGCACAGCAGUAUGAUGUACGUGGCACUCUUGCUGUUCCUGUAUUUGAACAAGGUAGUCGUAACUGCUUGGGUGUUAUUGAAGUUGUCAUGACCACACAGAAGAUCAAGUAUCGCUCAGAGCUUGAAAGUGUGUGCAAAGCUCUUGAGGCUGUUGAUCUCUCGACUUCCGAAGUUUCAACCACUCAAGAUGCCAAGGUAUGUGAUUUGAGCUACCAAGCUGCAUUACCUGAAGUUCUAGAGGUUCUGAAGUCUGCAUGUGAGACACAUGGAUUGCCGUUAGCUCAGACAUGGGUUCCGUGCAUUCAACAAGGCAAAGGGGGUUGCCGCCAUUCUGAGGAAAACCUUAUUCAUUGUGUUUCCACGGAGGAUUCUGCUUGCUAUGUAGCUGACCCCCGCGUUCAGGGUUUUCAUGAUGCUUGCUCUGAGCACCAUUUGCUGAAAGGGCAGGGUGUUGUUGGGAGAGCAUUCAAUACUAAUCAACCAUGCUUUUCAGCUGAUCUUACCUCUUAUAGCAAGUCGGAGUAUCCACUUUCUCAUUAUGCAAAAAUGUUUGGACUGCAAGCUGCAGUAGCUAUACGUCUGCGUAGUAUCUCAACUGGUUCAUCUGAUUUUGUUUUGGAGUUCUUUCUACCCACAGACUGCAGAAAUCCUGAAGACCAUAGAAAAAUGCUUACUUCAUUAUCCAUCAUCAUACAAAAUGUUUGCCGGACAUUGAGGGUUGUGACAGACAAAGAGUUGCAGGAAGAAACUGAUUCUAUGGGCGAAGUGGCAAACCACACAGUUCAACCACAUAAAGAGCACACCGAAACUUCUCAAGAAAGGACAUCGUGGACCUCUUGUGAUGCAGAGUUCCAGGAGAGUUCUGUUAUGUCUACAUUCCAGGAUGAAAAACCAGAUGAAAUGCUAAGGAAAGAUUCGGUGGAGUUUAGGCACCGUAAGAAUGCUGCUUAUGAGGAGGGUGUCUCUCGUAAUCUGGGUAAAACGGGAGACAGGAGACGUGCGAAGGCUGAGAAGACUAUUACCUUGCAAGUUCUUCAGCAGUAUUUUGCUGGUAGCCUAAAAGAUGCUGCAAAGAGCAUUGGUGUUUGUCCUACCACUCUGAAGAGGAUAUGCAGGCAGCACGGAAUUAAACGCUGGCCUUCUCGAAAGAUCAAGAAGGUUGGUCACUCCUUACAAAAGAUCCAACGUGUUAUUGAUUCAGUUCAGGGUGCCUCUGGCACUUUACAAAUUGAAUCCUUCUAUUCAAACUUCCCAGAGUUGGCUUCUCCAAAUGCAUCAAGAAUGAGCCCUUUUGCAGACUCAAAGUCAAAUGAACAUUCAACAGCCUUGAACACGCAACAAGAGGGAUGCAUUACGAGCCCCAAUCCUGAUGCAUCUAAGUCACCCUCCUCUUCCAGCAGUCGAAGUUCAAGUUCAAGUCAAUGUUGUUCAUCUGGGACAAAGCCUAAAUCGCCUCAAUCUCACCCUUUGAAUAUUGUUGGCGAUGACGAUCUAAUUGUACAGGAAAAGUCUGUAGAUAAUGCAGUGAAAAGGGUUAAAAGUGAACCAGAACUUCAUUUAUCAAGUGAAGCACUAAAGAUCAUACCAAGAUCUCAAAGCCAUGCAUGUGUUGCUGAGAAUCCUAAAUCAGAAAACCCUCUAGUGAAGAGGAGUCCAUCAACAUCUCAAGAAGAAGCUCCACGAGUAAAAGUAACACAUGGAGAAGAAAAGAUUAGGUUCCGAAUGCAAAACAGUUGGAGAUACAAUGAUCUUCUGAGAGAAAUUACAAGGCGGUUUGGCAUAGAUGAUCCUAGUGGACUUCAACUCAAGUACUUUGAUGAUGACUCCGAGUGGGUUCUAUUAACAUGUGAUGCAGACUUGGAAGAAUGCAUCGAUGUUUGUAUGUCUUCCCAAAUCCAAAUGAUCAAGCUCAUCUUAGUUCAAGAUUCACAGCAUCAUUAUGGAAGCUCUUUCGGUAGCAGCAGUCCUAUACUAGUACAGUAGACAACUGGUAUACCCCCUAGUUGCAAGUAGUUACCAAAAUGAAUAUAGUUUCCUUUUAGGAUUAGAUUUGGUAUGAGACUUGAAGAAAUGUUGCUUGCUUAAUUGUAAAUUCAUUCUGUUUGAGUCUUCAUGUAAGUCAAUCCUUUUGACUGCUAUGAACUAGUAUUGAGCCGUAAGGCUAUUAUUGUUUCAUCUAGAGUACUCAAAACUCAUUAUAAUU